AUGCCUCCCCUGUCGCGGGGCGCCGGCCAGGGACUGUUCCGGGACGGCGGCGCGCACUCCAGGGGCGCGGAGGGCCGAACGCCGUGGCCCCAGGGCUGGCAACGGAUCUUCCUGAUCGCCGCGUUCGCGGCGGUGGCGCUGCUGCUCUACACCAACGCGGGCCUGGAUGCGAGGGGGGGAAAUUGGCUGGGGGGGAGCCGGGAGAUCGACGUGAUCGGUGUGGCAGUCAAGCCCACAUGCGUGGCCAAGCAAGCUGUGCAAUCCCUCAAUAGGUACCUGGGGCCGAGGCGGAUCAUCAUCAUCACCACAACCACAGAUGCCUGUGCCGUGUUCAUGACGUUCGCUAAAAAUGUACAGUGUGUUCAAGAGGCGACCAUUCUGCCAGGAGUGUCCAAGGAGACGGUUGGGAAAUACUUGGAAGCAAGGUACAAUGUGGAUGAGAACAAGGAGUUUUAUGGACGGCUACUCGCGGGGUGGUACUUGCAGCAAUUCCUCAAGCUGGGAACUGCUGAGUACCUCUCGGUGAAGCCUGAACUCAGCCAGUACUACGUUGUCUGGGACUUGGACAUGAUCCUGCUGCGACCUUUGUCCUUGUUCUACCCUCAGGACUCGCCAAGAAAGGCAGGCAGUGCGCCCCAGAAGAACAUAGUCAACGUAGGAGGGUACAGGAUGCCUUCAUACGAGGCUGCCUACAAUCGCCUGACAGGGCACAAUCUGGAGUAUGCUGCAGACGGGACGUCGUUUGUCACGCACUGGCUUGUGGUCUACAAGCCGUACAUGAUCGAUUUUCUCAAAAGCAUUGGCGGAACCAACUUCACAGACAGCCCGGCGAAUGGGCCAUACCUGCAGAUGAACUCCUCCUCCACAAGGUGGGUGUGGAGGAUAUUGGAUUCGCUGGAUGACAACGCCAUCGACACGGGCUUCUCAGAGUACGCCAGCUACAUAAGCUGGGUGAAACAGAACUAUCCGGAGUCUCAGCACAUCAUGGGCAAACAGACUUGGAGACGCGACCCCCUGGGCGGCGCUAAAGCGGUGACUGCAGGCACGCGAUACCGUGAAGACAAGCUGUGCUGCCCCAUGGAGUGGUCCCUGAGCCUGAUGCGCUUUUUAAAUUACCAGUAUGUGGGCUUUGAGAUCGGGCACUACGGGGAAUGCCACUACACGGACCGUCGCUAUGACAAGGGCUACGGUGUUUAG